ACUUCCUGUUUAAGUUCCUGGUGAUCGGGAACGCGGGUACAGGCAAGUCCUGCCUGCUGCACCAGUUCAUUGAGAGGAAAUUCAAAGAUGACUCAAAUCACACAAUAGGAGUGGAAUUCGGUUCCAAGAUCAUAAAUGUCGGUGGUAAAUAUGUAAAGUUACAGAUAUGGGAUACAGCAGGACAAGAACGAUUCAGGUCUGUGACAAGAAGUUACUACAGAGGCGCAGCCGGGGCCCUCCUGGUCUACGACAUCACCAGCCGAGAAACCUACAAUGCGCUUACUAAUUGGUUAACAGAUGCCAGAAUGCUGGCGAGUCAGAACAUCGUGAUCAUCCUCUGCGGAAACAAGAAGGACCUGGACGCUGAGCGCGAAGUCACGUUCCUCGAAGCCUCCAGAUUCGCUCAGGAAAACGAGCUGAUGUUCCUGGAGACAAGCGCGCUCACGGGGGAGAACGUCGAAGAGGCUUUUGUGCAGUGCGCAAGGAAGAUACUUAACAAAAUCGAAUCAGGUGAGCUGGACCCGGAGAGGAUGGGCUCGGGCAUUCAGUACGGAGACGCCGCCUUGAGACAGCUGCGGUCGCCCCGGCGCGCUCAAGCCCCCAGUGCCCAGGAGUGCGGCUGUUAGAGCAGCCCGGAGGGCACACAGGUGUCCGUGCGGUGGUAUUUGAGACACGGUUGUUGGAGCCUGAAGGAGAUGAAGUUUUUAUCACCAUCCUUUCCUACGCUGUACAGAAGUAGGUGUCCGUGGGGAGCAAUAACUCGGGGCGCACAAGCCGACAGUGGCACCGGACCAUUUGAAGACCCUGGCUCAGUGGGCAGUACCCCCGGGUGCACAUGUAUGUACAGACCCUUCCACAUCUCCCUCCACCUGGAGUUCGGGACAUGGCUGCGCCCCGCGUCCUGAGCGUCCUCGCUGGCCUGGUCGCUGCUGUGUGACACAGUAGACCAUGGCACUCAAUGCGGUUCAAUACUGUAUUUUGUUUAAUCACGUGAACUCAAAUGCAUCCACAGCGAGGCGUGCGUUCCUCACCGUGUGGCUGUACCGCACAGCUGGCUGUGUUGCUGACCGGAGAGGCGGAGAUGCAUCCCUCACUGGGCUCUGUUGGCACAUCCUACCUUGAGUUUACAUGCCCACCCACACGAUGCUAGAUCAGCAGUCAGCCAGCGGCAUCCCGAAAUAAAACGGAAAACGGAGCUUGUCCACGAAAGCCCCACUGUCCAGCCCUCUGUUGAUUUUGGCACAUCCUCACCCGAGUCAGCCAGGCAGUGGCCGGAGUCCCGGCCCUGCUGCAGGCCACGUGAUCGGCACUGAGGAUCCUGGCUCCUUUAGCCAGACCUGUCAGGGCACUCAUUCUGUUUGAGCAGUUGACUGCAUGUGAUGGGACCACGCGAGCUGGGGCUGCUCGUCUGUCUCCCGUCUGUCCGUCUCUGUGUCCCUGCUGGAAAGCACGCUACCCCCUACCACGCGCCCCUGCAACUCGGUGCCAUGGCGUCACGGCUGCUUUCUCAGAUCUUUUAUUUUGUGUUCAGGGAAACCCACUCAAUCUAGUUAGCGUUCAAAGGAGACCACUCCCUGGGAAAUUCUCUGUAGCUUUUUUGAAUAUUCCAAUGCCUUACUACAGUUAUCGAGUUAACACGUUUUUAAGUCACAAGAGGUAUGUGGGGUGUGUUGAAGCGCAAGGCAUGUUGCAUUACAAAGACUCGUUCUUCUGUUUGGAAAUGUCAGUGUAAGAAUGGGUGUGAUGGAGACCUUUAAAGCCGAAACACAGUGUUAAGUCGAGGAGUUGAAAAGCAUUCUUCCCCUUCUGUGUGUUUUCCCACUGUGGCUUCUUGGCUGCAGGCUGGUCAUUUGAAUGAACUCUUGCUUAGAAGCUGCCUUCUGCUCUUCUUGUCAUUUUAUUUUAGUCAGCCAAAAGGGCACAGACACACUCAAAGCCUGGGAAGUGACCUAGCUAAAAGUAGCAGUCUUUGUCUGCUUUAGGUAUUUUAAGUUGAGCUUUUUUUAUGCCUUAAAUGUUUUCUUUUGAAAAUCAGAAUCCGAAGCAAAUUCUCAGACUGAACGACUGGACGGGGCGCAUCCCAGUGAGCGUCUCCUUGGGGACAGCUGUGCAGGUGGCUCGUGUUCGAACAGCUCUUUGCAGGGGGUAGGGGCUUGCCCAUUCCAACCCACCCACUUACUCAGAAGCAGGAACUAAAAUAAUAACAACAUAAACGUAAGCUCGUUUUAUAAAUGAGCCUGUGAAUUAAACCGGACCCUUGACCUGUGAAAGCUGCUGGAGGAGGAGGCCGCAGGGGUCCUCAGUAAAAGCCCUUCCCAUGAGGGAAAAGAGAGGAGAUAACUCACUGUCAGUCAGUCUAGUGACAAGUGUUACGUAUGUGUUUCCCACAACUUAGUACGUUUUCAGAAAGUUAUUAACUUAGGUUUCUAGAAAAGUAGUUUUCCAGUCUUCCUAGAAAUGGAUCAUAAAGCCCAUUCAGACAUGAGGUUGUCACUGUCUUCUGCCCAGUGUUUGGGUGCAAUGCGAGCAUCGCAGUCUGGCAAUCUGGAAUGGUUUUGUGGGGGACACUCCGGCUCGACAGUGGCCGGGAUGUUUAGAAACCUUGAUUCCAGCUGGGCUGACGAUGUUACGGAGCAAAGAAUGCGAUGUUCAAGUUAGAAACCCGGGUAGUGUGUAGCUUCUACCGUGACAGAAAAGAUGAUUUUUUUUUCCCACUUCUGUCAUCUUGGUCUCCCUUGCUUGGAGGGGAGAACUAGAAGGGUUUUUAGCCACCUCCAAGUUUCCAAUCACUUUCAUGUGUGUCGUCUGUGGAGUGACUCUCCCAGCCCACCGGGCUGCUGAGGAACACACCGUCAGUUCGUCCCUGUUGGUGCUUGGUGUCGACUUCUUUCGGGGGUUGUUUUAGAAUGUUAGAGGCAUUGAUCUGUGAGCUCUGGUCUUAGCCAGUUUCAGUAAGACAGGAAGUUACGUUGGCAGCCUCCUCCUCGAAGCCUGGAAAAUAUCGCUUACUGGUAGGGAAUAACGUGAUCAGGAAAUCUUCAGUCGUUCAGAUAGCAGUUCUCUUGUUUUUCAUUUUUUAUUAUAGAGAGUUUCUGACAUGCACAGUUAGAGAAAAAACAGUGCAGGGAAGACCAGGCCAGCCAGUAGCUGGCCACGGUAGGCUAGCCGUGGUGUCUGUCUGUCCCCACUGCUUUAUGCUGGGGUAUUUAAAAACACCUGAAACACCUGUCUUUCACCUCACAACAGCUCAGCACACACCUCUGACGAGAAUGACUUUUUAAACUUUGACGAAAUUGCCAUUCCCUUGGGACAUUACAGAAGCCAACGGUGUCCGGGCCCUCCUUGUCUGGCACGUCCACAGAGACGGGGUCCUGGUCUGCACUGGGAAAGCAUGCUGUGUGUCUUCCGUGAAGUGCUGGAGGAGGUGACUUCCCAGCGUGUGGCCAUUGUCCCAGGAGUGCUGUCCCAGCCUCAGGGGCAGCAAUACCCUAGCAGGGACCCCAGGACCACCGCCUGCCACCCACAGCGGGCACAGCCCCAGAGCCCGGAGCCCUGGCUCUGCUGGCUGCUCAGUGUUUUCAGCCUCACCCCCUCACUGCGGCACCACAAGGCACUGUCCUGUAAGUCCUCCUCAUGGUCUGUGUCCCACGACGAGGACUGUUUCCUGUUCUAACAAAAACGUGUACCUUCGCUGCGUGCUCAUCUGGACCUCCGACCAAGCAUGACACGGGCCGCGCCUUCUCUUCACCCCGCGGUGCCCUCUGUGUGCGUCCACCUGGAGGACACUGCCACUGCCCCGAGGGAGACUCAGCGACUGGACGCGCCUGUGCUCGGACAGCUCCUUCCUCUGACCUCUGGUGCAUACUUCGCUCAAAGAAAACUAGAGUGGAGAAAAAAACUUACUAAAUUUCUGAGGAUUUUCGCAUUCCAAAAUACCAUGGAAAUAAUUGCAUUUACUAAAUAUUUAAGGACCAAGCACAAA